AUGUCGGAACGUGACUCGGAUGCAAUUUAUAGCCCACCCGAUAGCGUGACGCUAUCCAUAUCAUUAUUGAAUGCUACGCGACUGGUGGAUCUCGCCGCCCGUAUUAUUCUUCUUGUUCACAGCUUGGUUCCAACAUCAUGCGCGAAGAAGAAAGAGCCCAAGAUUUAA